AUGGCGCCACAUUUCAAGAAGCUUACUGACUGCCCGGAGAACCUCCGGGAGGCCAUCGACUGGUUGAUACAGGUUAGGCAUGGUGGCGAUGGUAAAGGUCUUGAGCAGCUGGCCAAAGCUUUGAAGAAGUUGAUUGAUGAGGCUGUUGAGAAGGCUAAAGAGACUAUGAAGCAUAAGAGAAGAAAGCUUGAGUGCGCUAAUGAUUAUUAUGAGCACUCUUAUUGUACUGCGCUUGAUGAAAAGUGUACUAAGGCUAAAGAGGAAUUAAAGGAAGUCGAAUUUGAUGAAUAUUAUGCGUCUAAUAAAGGGGAAUUAGAAUCUCAAAUAAAACUAUAUGAAGCCAAUAAAAAUGACUGUCAAAAGGAUCAUAACAUUGGUGAGCAACGUAAGCAAGAUAUUCAAAAGGAAAUUGAUGAGGCUAAUAAGGUUAUUGCAAAACUUAGGAAUUUUUCCGAUCAUCUAGAAAAAUAUAAAGAUGCAGAUGAUAAUAUCCUUUAUAAGCUUUGUGAAGGUUUUGAGACCUUCCUGGGUUAUAAGUCUGGGAAUUAUACAGGUCAAGGCAUCGUGUACGGCGAUUGUGACCGCCUGCGGGACGCUGUUCUAAUGUUCCUGCACGGAGUUUUGGAAACUGCGAGAAAUAAUCCAAAUAUAAAAAACGUCGAUACAUACAAUUCCAUUAUAACGCAUACGGUUCAGAGUUUACAUAACGCUAGAUGUAAAGGCGAUCAGGUUUUUAAGGAUGUUAUUCCGAUGGUGAUUUCGGGCAUUGAAAAAUAUUUUAAGAAAGUAUCGCAAAAUAAUGAUUUGGUUACUAAACCUAUAGAAGAGUUCGUAAACGAUAUAGAGAAUAUAAUGCAAGUGUAUGACCGCACCAAGACGUUGACGCUUUCCGAUCAAUAUAGGCAGUUGAAAGGAACUGCAAAUGCGUGCCAUGAUUUCGCUAUGGAGGCCGCAGAUAACUUAAACAAUCUGGAUGAACAACUGAAAAAGAGGUUAGAGAUGCCUGUCGAAAUUAUAAAGAAAUCAGCUGAAAAUUUUAAGAACUCGGCUGAAAAUGGGGCCCUUAAGCAGGAAUGUGAAAAAAUUGAUACUCAGUUGACAGAAAUCCCCAAAAAUGUAAAUAUAAAAAUAAGUAAAAAUCUGGAGCAGCUAAUAAAAAACCAUAAAGUGCAUGUUGAACAGCUUGAGAAAAACAUAGUGUCUCAAUUCGAAAUCCGUUUGAAGGGAUGGAUUGACUCCGUAAACGCCGCAUUGAAAGCUGCGGAGGAGAAGGGAACACAGUGUAUUAACGGUUUGCACAGUGCAUUUAAAGGGGGAAUAGAAUCGUUGCACCGCGCAUUAAAAGAGCAGAUUGACCGGAUUGAUAUGUCUAAAUUGUCAUCGAGCGCAUCAGAAUUCCAAACUGCGGUCCAGACAUUGGAUGAACAGUUCAAAAGGCUUAAUAAAAACAACAAUGGUAAGAUACCAAAGGGUAUGGUAGACGAGACAGUUGAAAACAUAAAGGCGGUGUUGCAAGGGUUUGUAAUUCAGGCGAAUACUGUUCAUCACGACCUCACCAACAUUAAAAAGCCGUUAAAUGAUUGGGUGAUGAAAAAUAAAAGCGUUGGGGCACAACCUACAGGACUUGCUGGGUUUGAGGAAAAAGUUAGGCAAGGAGUUGCGAAUUUUGUGAGCGAAUACCCGGCUAUCAAGAAAGCACUUGAUAAAACAAAAAGUAUAUUAAAUGGUGCAUCUCCAGAUGCCGGAGAACGACUUGACACAUUGUUACGCAAAAUAACUGAGCAGGUUAACGCCUUGGAUGAUAAAGUUGCCGGCGAUCUGAAUGGGUUGAAAACGAGGAUUUAUUCUGCUAUGAAGGCGGUAAUUCUUGAUUUUCAAAGGGGAUUGAAGGGGCUUGCGCAGAGUAGCAACCGUGGUAGUGUCGCUCUUUUUAUCCAAGAUCUUCGGAUUGGUAUGAGGGAUGAACGCGGCGAUGCGAAAUCUUUGGUGGCGUGGACGAAAGCGGCCGAAAGCUACGGCCAAUUUAAUCAGGCGUUGGAACAAUUACACCGGAUAGACAGCGACUUUACAAAGUUGCAAGGGGUAUUACAGGCACUUGAAAGUUUUAAACACAACAGUAAAAACUUCUUUGAUGCCAUAACCCAGGAUCUUAAAGAUAAAGUUGCCGAAUCCGCAUUGGCAUUAAAUAAUGCGAGCGACAAUAUAGUAAAAAAUCAUUUCGCUACAACAAUGGGGCACUAUAGACGACAUGUAGGUAACGCAGGCCAAAAGAGUUCAGAGACGAUUCAUGGAGCCAUCACCGCCGUAAGUGACAGUGUAUUAUCGCUUGCAGGCGCUUACCGCGGUAUCAUUACCGCCGAUGGAAUUUUGAACCAAGUUGUAGACACCCUACCAACUCAGAUGCAACAACUUACCACAAGCAUCGCUUCCGUCAUUAGGGAAGUGACUGAUGCGGAUAGUAAGCUAUUAGAAACCAUGGAGAAGGCUAACAAACUCCAUACGACACUGCAAGAUGAUUAUAGAAAGGGGUUAUAUAAUAAAUUCAGUGCUUUGAGAGAUGCAGUAAUUCUAGCAGGAAGACAAUUCGAUCAGGUUAGGCAUAGACUUAAUACAGUUGUAUCUGAAUUAAACAAAAGUCUUGCGUUACUUGAAGGUCUACCCAAUACAGUUAGAGAAACAGAGGAAACAGGCACCGAAGCGCUGAUCGCCGUAUUUACGAAAUCGGUUCAGGGAUACAAAGAACAGUUACGAAAAAGCGGUGAAGAAAAAAAGGAGAGCUUCAUAGCCGAGACUAAACAUGUAUUAAAUCAGGCUCAUGAAUCAGCAGCGGGAUUUAUCCGUCAACUUGGCAAUAAAUGUCAGGAUGCCAUUACCCAGGCUUUCGAAACGAUUAAGGGGAACGUGCAAUCGCAAUACGCAUCAUCCAACAAUGCACAAUACCAAGCGCUGGUAAGGUGCAUUACAGAACAGAAAAUCAAAAUUGAAAGACUAAUUGGAGAAGACUUGAAAACGGACUUAAAAGGCCUGCUUAAGACGGUGAGUGGAGUUGCAGCAAAUAGUCAAAGUAUUUCAAGCACUGGUAAUAAGAUUGCUGAGCUGAAAGAUAUGAAUAACGUUGGAGACUUAUCUAUUAAAUUCAAGGCAUAUUUGGAACAGAUUUUCUAUUACGUUAUCGGCCAGCUUAAUCUCAAUUCAGCAUCUGGACGCGUUGGUUCGUCAGACCGGUCUACUCAAAUCAUGUCUCCAUUAUACGAUUCAAAGGUUUCUGGUAUAUACGCAAUAUACAAGAACGUUGGCGAUGUGAUGCAAUCACUCGGCAUAUUAAAUAGAUUUAAUCACGUUAUACUUAAGAAUGUUCACGAGGCAGAUGAGGCUAUUAAAAACUUUUUCCCUUCGAAAUUCUUCUCUACGUCGUCCAACCCCCUUCUUGACGUCCUAAAGUCCGGCCUCAUAUCAUUCGUCGAAGAACUCAAAAACGUCUAUGUCUCGAAGUAUUCUGGAUCAACAGACACUUUUAACUGGGAAAUUCAUGGCAAUUCAGAGAAGUGCGCCAAGGUAUGUUUAACCAUUUUUGAAAUUCUGCAUUGUGACUUGACCAAACUAAAAACAAUCUGCGAAGGCGGCUCCAAUGCCAAGCAAAUAAAUUUAGAGAUGACUUCGGAAGAUAGCAGAAAAGUCCUGAAUCCAUUAGGCGAUUUCUUCAGCCAGAGAGGUUAUAAAGUGCCAAGCGGCGCAUCCACACAAGAUGCCGAAUUACAGAACAGGAGUAAAAUGAAGGGCGAACAAAUUAUAGAUUUACUCUACGAGAAUUACAAUAUUUUCGCAUCACUACACUCAGGUGACGACAAUGCUUUGUACGAUGGCCCGCUCGUGCAGUUGUACAAUAACUUACUAGACUACCAUACUGUUUGUCACCUUAGAGAUAUAAAAAACCCUACUUCACCUCACAACGCAUUUCAGAUGCUCUGUUGGCUCAGUGGUUUGCAGUAUAAUCCUACUUACCACCCACUUAAAGAAUACAUGAAGACUUUGUUCAAAAAAGCAGAGAAACAUAAAGGUACAGAAUACUCGAGGAUACCGUUCGUUGACCUAAAAGUAGAAGCCACAUCACCAUUGUCGGCUAGAGACACGGUAUCAGCACUCCGCCUUGUGACCGUACAAUCACACGACAUCCUCACCACUUUACUAAGCCACGGCCACGCUGGUGGCAUCUAUGCCUGCAAUUUCAAAACUAACCCAGGUAAUCUAUCCUAUCCCAGUGACCCUGGUGCGUGCUUUGAUCUUCUCGUCGAGAUAUUGCUCAGACUAAAUCACCAACUCUCCUUUCUAUACGAGCAGUGUUGUCACACAACUAAGGUUUCUGGGUGGAGCGAUUGCUGGUAUGGAAAAGGGGUCGGUGGAUCCAAUUGGCAGUGCAAUGACCUUCAAUGCACGGAGUGUAUUAGCGGUAAAGGGUGCAAAACCCAUCCCACUUGCGGCAUUAAGUCACCUUUGCAGUCGUUUUUGGAAGACGGCCUACCCGGCUUCCUACCGCACACUUUCACCAAACUUGGAUGCAAAUUGGAAUGCAGUGUGGCUAACCACAACGGCAUCCCAUGUAUCACGCCCAUGGGUUUCUCCGACAUUGGUACCGUAGCAUCUCACAGACAGACCGGGCAGCGUAUUAAGGAUGUCCUAAGAAGUUUCUGCGGCAACAAAAAUUCCCCACUUAACCAACUUUGUAGUUAUCUGACGUGUCUAUUGCGGACGCCUCCCAGAACAUUAGGCGAGAUGUUCGCAUUCUAUUAUAGUUUCCUACGUGAUUGGAAUGACAGCGGCGCGCAUCGAAAGGAUGGCUUUAACAACGCAGUUAUCAAAGCCAAUUUCGGAAAUUCCAGUACAAGGUUUGAUAUUACUCCAAUGUUCAAGAGCACUGAUCAUGCAGCCAACCACCUCAAAGGUGACCUUUACUCUCUCAUUAGUUGUAGUAAUACCUAUAUUCCUGCCCGUCCUUGUGGUCCAUAUAUGCGGCCACUAUGCCUCUUCAGUCGUGACUUGUAUUCAAAAGAGUACAGCGGAUAUUACCUUUCAUGGGUCGUUUACCUUACAGAAACGUUUUAUGACCUGCUCAAGAAAUUGUACGAAGACUGCAACAAAUCAUGCGGUUCAAAGGGCUCCAAAUGCUAUGACAAAAGCUGUGUUAGGAGUUGUCCGAUAUCUCGAGAUCCAUCAUCUUCAGCCCACGAUCCACUGUGCAAAUCCAUAGUAGAUUGCACAUCAACGCUUCCAACCUUGUGCAAAUAUGGGUUUUAUUUCGGAAGUGCGACUUUGGCAAGCGGCAGUAAAGGAGACACAAUGAAAAGGACAUGUAAAGAGUUUGUCCUACAGCUUCGAAAUGUAUGCGACGGAAAUUCCGUGCUUGCCAAAUUAGUCAAUAUCACAAUUCCGCAAUAUUUAUUCACCAUCCGCGCCCCCUUUAUCUGGCUUAACGUUGCCCUCUGGCUCCUCUCUCUGUUGUACCUCAUCCACAUCAUGGUCAUCCGCCUCGACCUGCUCCACAUCAAAUCGCAUCUACACUCACCAUCAUCACAUCGCAUAGCUGCUCAAUCACUACUCGCCGCGGCACGUGUCAACAAGCUGGGGAAAAUAUUCUAUCUGCAACCUUGA